AUGGUUUCAAUUUCAAACUUGAUCAACAGCGGGUUGCUCUUGGUGAGCCAAAGCAUUUAUGCUGAUGUCGCCACCCCUCAACAGUCGUCGGUCCAGAAGUACAACAUUUUGAACUUUUUGGGUGGUUCGGGUCCAUAUAUUGCCAAUGAAGGGUAUGGGAUUGACACUGACAUUCCACAAGGCUGUAAACUCGAGCAAGUGCAAUUGUUCUCGAGACAUGGUGAGAGAUACCCCUCCAAGGGAGUUGGUAAGAGCUUGGAGGCCAUCUAUGCCAAGUUCAAGCAAUUCAAUGCGACUUUCAAAGGAGACUUGGCUUUUUUGAAUGAUUACGAGUACUUUGUCCACGACAAGAGUCUUUACGAAAAGGAAACUUCUCCUCAAAACUCCGAGGGAACUUAUGCUGGUACUACGGAUGCGUUGAGACACGGUGCUGUUUUCAGAUCCAAGUACGGCUCCUUGUACAAGGAAAACUCCACCUUGCCCGUUUUCUCGUCCAACUCGGGCAGAUGUUACCAAACUUCGAGAUAUUUCGCUAGAGGUUUUUUGGGCGACAACUUUGUUGAAGGCAAGACUGUCAAGUUUAACAUCAUUGACGAAGAUGAAUCUAGUGGUGUCAACAGUUUGACUCCAAGAUAUGCUUGCCCCAACUACAAUUCUUCUGCCAACCGUGCUACCGUUGCCAAGUACAACCAAACUGCUUACUUGAAGCCAAUUGUUGACAGAUUGACCAAACCAAACCCAGGCUUGAACUUGACUACCCUGGACGUCAACAACUUGUUCCAAUGGUGUGCUUAUGAGAUUAACGUCAACGGCAGCUCGCCAUUCUGUGACUUGUUCACCAAUGAAGAAUACAUCAAGCAAUCGUAUGCUAAUGACUUGAACAACUAUUACGCCAAUGGUGCCGGUAACAACUACACCAAGGUCAUUGGAUCUUCAUUGUUGAAUGCAUCCUUGACCUUGUUGAAAGACGACAAGUCAUCCAACCAGGUUUGGUUGUCAUUCUCCCAUGACACCGACUUAGAAAUCUUCCACAGUGCCUUGGGCUUGUUGGAACCAAAGAGCGAUCUUCCAACCGACUACAUUCCAUUCCCCAACCCCUAUGUCCACUCGUCAAUUGUUCCCCAAGGUGCAAGGAUCUACACUGAGAAAUACAAGUGUGGCUCUGACUCGUAUGUCAGAUACAUUGUCAACGAUGCUGUUCUUCCGAUUGAGUCGUGCGCUUCUGGACCCGGUUUCUCGUGUAAGCUCGCCGACUUUGAAAAGUACAUCAAUGACAGGAUCGGCAAGAUCAACUUUGUCAAGGACUGUGGCACCAACUCGUCGGUUCCUCAAGAAGUUACUUUCUACUGGGACUACAAGAACACUACUUACAAUGCCCCACUUGGAGACUUUUAG